CAACCACAAAACAAACUCAGGAUCAAUUUUUUUUUAUUUACGUUUGAUACUUACCUAUACAUACAGAUGGCUACAUCACUUUAGGGUAGUUGGAAUAUGAACUUCAUGUUAGUUAAAUUGUUAUUUCGUAUAGACAUUUCUGUCGUGGGAGUUUACCAGACGAAGGGCUAUUUGUGGGGAUUGACGAGUACAACGUAGCGGCUGCCGCGAUGGACGUGAAGCAUGCGUGUCGCUGCUGCCUGCGGUGUCCCCCGGACAAGGACCUGACGACGCCGUACAUACAUGUCGGUAAAACGGAAAUAUAUGCCGACAUGAUCAAACAGUGCUUUGAUAUACAUGUAAGUCUGGCACUCGGUUCGGGCUUGUGCGGCAUCUGCUCGGCGUGCGUGGGCCGCCUGCGAGAUGCGAGCGACUUCAAGCUGCAAGUGCAAAACAGCCAGUUACUACUGCAGGAGACCCUGCUAGUUAAAGAGGAGGCUGCGGUCAAGAGUGAGCUGGCUGAUGAUGCAGAUGAAGACCUUGAGUCCGAUGGGUUAUAUGAAGUGCCCGUAACGUUGGAGUUGGGGAUGCUGGGUGAAGAUGAGACGGGAGGAGUGUUGGAUGUAGACCCCCUAAUCAAGUCAGAGGCGGGUGAUGAUGUGGCGAUAGACUCAACGGGAUCACUGAUGGCGGAGCCGGCGCCCGCUAGUUCUCGCACCCUUGAAGGAAGCACGCCGAUGCACAAUGGAGAAAAACUAUACGCCUGUGAACACUGUGGCAAACAUUACAGAAACAAGUUUAUUUUGAGGAAACACAUACAACACACUCAUUUAUCGUCCGAAAAACAUCAGAGACAUACUAGCGAGAAGCUGCAUAAGUGUAGCCAUUGCGAUUACAACUCGAUUCGAAAAUCAAACUUACUUGCUCACGAGAGGAGACACACCGGGGACAAACCAUACACAUGUAGUUACUGCGAUUUCAAAUGCAGUCAUAAAUCGACCAUACGAAAACACCUAAUGACCCAUACAAAUGAACCGAAGAAAUUUAAAUGUAGCGAUUGUAAUUACGAGUGUAGCCAGAAAGGCCACCUACAAAGGCAUCAGAUGAUACACACUGGUGAAAAACCUUUUUCAUGUAGCCACUGUGAUUUCAAAUGCAGCGAUAAGUCGAGUUUAAAAAAACACCAAAUGAUACAUACUGGGGCGAAGCCAUUUAAAUGUAGCCAUUGUGGCUACGAGUGUAGGCAGAAAUCAAACCUACACAGACAUCAGUUGAAACAUGUUGAGAAGCCUUUUUAAUGUAGUUACUGUGAUUGCAAAUGCAAUAUGUACAAACAAAAUAAUAAAUAACGUAUAUAGUUAUUGUGACAAGUGGCUCUCUAUCGUUUCCCAUAAGUUUUAAGUCAUAAUGUAUUGUUUGUCCGCAUUUUCGUUAGCCAUAAUUUGGUUUUUCUCAGUAACGCGUAACUUUUUAGGAUUGCCAUAAAACAAACCUAACCUAUCUAUAGGAUAACCUAAGUAAAUUCCUGAAAAGUUAACGGUUUCAGAGUUAUGACUAAUGAUUAUAUGACUAUCAUUACAUUAUGACUUUCCGGUGACGAGAACUCAGUCGAUACACACCGGUGAAAAACCUUAUUCAUGUUGCUACUGUUAUUAUAAAUUUAGAAAAAAAAAACACACCAGAUGAUAUAUAUUCAAGCGUAGCCACAACUACAUGUUUACCAGAGAAGACACCCUCGUCGAGGAGGAUAUACCUACUGUAAAUGCACUGCAAUUCCGGAAGUCGAUAUAAAAAUGCUUUACUCUGAAAAUGUGUGACAGACUGCGACAUUCUCUGAAGCUGACACGGACGCAGAGUAGUAGCAACCCAAGACAAGACUUCCUGUCUAACCGCGUAGUGAAAGUGUGGAACAGUUUGCCCGAAUCCGUAAUCAGUGCACCUACAGCUAACUCAUUAAAAAACAGACUCGACAAACAUGUUAUAUAUGGAGUGUGGAAUUAAAAGGAGUGAAAUCUCUUAUGGUAGAACUGUUGCAAAAGUAUAAAUAAUUGUUCAAAAUCUCUCCAGAGUAGCGCUAGAGUAGCUUAGAACCUAGGAGUUAUUGACGGAGUGUAGUGCGCUGUCUAUGAUUUUGGUUUUUUCAAGUAUUCUAGGUAUUGUAGCGCCACCUCUUUAAGGUUUUAUGACACUUUUUGGUACGUGUAGAUUUCAUUCCUUACCUCCACCUUCCAUAAUUUUAUAAAUGGACAAAAGACAAACGCAGGUCAUUGAUGUGCACGAAUCAGCUGCCAGUGCAUUCAUAUAUAAUAAUAAAUAUGAUGCGCUAGGUAACUAUGACCACAAGUAUGGUGUGGGCUAAGUAUUGUGGUUCCUUUGCACGCGCGUGUAAUAUAUGUUGCACGUGUCCCCGGGGUGUCGCGCAGGACGAGCGAGUGGCGUUUAAGGAUUUUGGAGUUGACUAUGUUUUUAUUCAAGUCAAAUAUAUUGUGUAAUAUAAAUA